GCUGGCGUAACUUGCAUCCUUCCUUCCCUCCUUUUUCUCUGAUCAGGUGGAGGUAGUUCCUGCGUGGCAUUCACCCACCCUCCUCCCUCUCUUCCUCGCAUUUCGAUCUGCUCCACCGUGCGGAGCUCGAUUCGUAUUCCAACGCCAACUCAUACUACUAACUCAUGGCGCGGGAAUCAGCUCACCGAAUUUUUACCUUCUCCCUAAUCCUAUGCCUUGCGCAGUUCAUUCCUCGGAUUGUGGUCGGGGUCUCCGGCGGUCCUAGCCACAUUUUGCACUACGGGGAGCUCCACGAAGGCGCUCGCCCUUCUAUGAUAUUGCCGCUGUAUCUCUCUGCUUCCAAUUCUUCCGUUUCCGCCUCCGAUUCCCGUCGCCAUCUCCAGAGAUCCGAGGCCCAACACCACCCUAACGCUCACAUGAGGCUCCAUGAUGAUCUGCUCCUUAACGGGUACUAUACCACGCGGCUUUGGAUCGGGACUCCUCCGCAGAUGUUUGCUCUUAUUGUUGACACGGGAAGUACUGUGACGUAUGUCCCGUGCUCUACCUGCGAACAGUGUGGCACGCACCAGGACCCGAGGUUUCAGCCAGAAUUGUCAAGCACCUAUAAACCUGUCAAAUGCACAUUGGAUUGCAACUGCGACAGUGACAGGAACCAAUGCACAUAUGAGAGACAGUAUGCUGAAAUGAGUACUAGCAGUGGUGUCCUUGGUAAUGAUGUCAUAUCAUUUGGAAAUCAAAGUGAGCUUGACCCUCAACGUGCUGUUUUUGGUUGUGAAAAUCUCGAGACUGGUGAUCUUUAUAGUCAGCAUGCUGAUGGCAUCAUGGGUUUGGGCCGUGGAGAUCUCAGCAUUGUGGAUCAACUAGUUGAGAGAAGUGCAAUAAGUGAUUCUUUUUCAUUAUGCUACGGUGGAAUGGAUUUUGGCGGGGGUGCUAUGGUUCUUGGUGGAAUAUCUCCCCCAUUAGACAUGGUCUUUGCAUAUUCAGAUCCGUGCGCAGGUUCUUGGGAUGGCAACAGUCCAUACUACAAUGUCAAUUUGAAGGAAAUACACGUUGCUGGGAAGCAACUCUCUUUAAACUCAAAGGUUUUUGAUAGAAAACAUGGAACUGUGUUGGAUAGUGGUACAACGUAUGCAUACCUGCCAGAAGAAGCGUUCCUAGCAUUUAAAGAUGCUAUCAAGAAGGAACUUCAAUCUUUCCAGCAAGUACCUGGUCCCGAUCCAAAUUAUAAUGAUAUAUGCUUUGCCAGUGCUGAAAUUGCUGUUUCGCAACUCUCUAAAAGCUUUCCAACAGUUGACAUGGUAUUUGGAAAUGGUCACAAAUUGUCUCUGUCACCUGAAAACUACUUAUUCCGGCAUUCAAAAGUGCGGGGUGCAUAUUGUCUUGGGAUUUUCCAAAAUGGAAAGGAUCCAACUACUCUUCUAGGAGGUAUCAUUGUUCGAAACACUCUUGUAAUGUAUGAUCGAGAGAAUUCAAGGGUUGGUUUUUGGAAGACUAAUUGUUCUGAGUUAUGGGAAAGGCUACAGCUAUCUGCUUCCCCACCGCCAAAGUCGUCUGAAGGAGCAAAUUCUUCUGAAGCUUUUGCACCUUCAGCUGCUCCAUCUGCAUUACAGCACGAUUUGCAUCUGGGGGAAUUCCAAAUUGCACAAAUAACAAUUGAAAUUUCAUUUAACAUCAGUUACUCAGACAUGGAAGAUCAGAUUGCAGACCUGGCUGGACUCAUAGCUCAUGAGUUAGAUGUUAACACCUCACAGGUUCACUUAUUGAAUUUUUCUUCUCUUGGAAAUGCUUCCCUCUCUAGAUGGGCCAUAACCCCAGACACAUCUUCUGAUUUCAUGUCUAACACAACUGCGAUGAGUAUAAUUUCCCGGCUUGCUGAACAUCGCAUGCAACUUCCUAGCACCUUUGGAAGUUAUAAGUUGGUUGGUUGGAAUGUUGAGUCUCCAUCAAAACGGAAUUGGUGGCAGCAAUAUGGUUUGGUGGCGACUAUGGCUAUUUUAGUUACAUUGCUCCUUGGAUUAUCAGCUACUGGAAUAUUCUUGAUUUUGAAAAACAGACAGCAGCAAGUUGUGCAUUCAUACAAGCCAGUUGGUGUUUCUGUUCCAGAGCAGGAACUUCAACCAUUUUGAGCCAUGAUCAAUCAUGCAACCGGAACUGAUUUGAUCAAAAUUUUGUUUCCUAAAAAUGCUGUCCAUGACAGUGUCGAGUGAUCAUCAUUAAACAAUAGAGGUAUAGCAAGAUUUUUAUUUCUUCAUAUUGUUUUAGUAAACGCGAUUUUGUUUGUGAAUAUUGCUGUGUAUAGGUGAAAUUAAGAGCGGAAGCAUGAGGUUGAUUGACAGUUUCUUGUGGAGAAAUGGUAAUUGUUUGUACACAACCACUUGUACGGUCUAUUCAGCACCCAACCUUUUAUCAUUAUUUUAAUAUAAAAUAAUGAAUGAUGUGUGUAACUUUUUAUGAUAAAUAAUACAAAUUAAUAACUAUUGAAUUUA